GGCUAAUUGUCAACGUUGACGCUACCCAACACUGCCGCUCCGAAUGGGAAAUCCAGCGCAGAACAAUACAAAUACAGCGUAGAACAUCAAAUACAUACGUAUUUCCGCGACGAAAAUAUAUAGGAACAGAGCAUAGGGUAUCCAGCCGACCACCGGACCACAAUAUGUCCGCGCGAAUGCUAAAGAAGCUCCAAAGGGAGGCCGACAAGCUGGCGCCCCCUCCAGAAGACGAGGACAACGAGGAGCUGUCGGACAAUGACGAGUUGGAGGACGACGAAGUCCAACGUGAUCGUAAAACGCACCUUAAUCCAUUCGAUUUGCUCAAUCAGCCGGGACUAAGUCUAUCGGAAAGUGAGUUCAAGGAGGACGACAAUGAAACGGAGCCUCCUUCGGCGGCCCUUGCGAAUGCAAGUGCUGCGGCCAAGAAGAAGAAGAAGAAGCGCAAGAAGAAGGUUCGGUCUAGUGGAAAUAACAUCAGCAGCGAGGACAACAAACGCCAGGACAAGUACUUCGAGAAAGUGGAUCCACUGCUGGGCAAGGUGUAUGAUGCUGUACCCAAGCAGUCGGUGAAACAGGUGGUCACCGCAGGCACUUCGGCUACCAAAAAGUUGCUGGCCGUGGAGGUGCGACACCUAAACCCCCAGAACGAAAUGCGUCGUACCUUUGGAAAAAAAGUGGUUAAAGUAGAAACCAAACGCGGCCGGCAAAAGCCCACAUUCAAGUCAACUCAUAUGGUGACAGCCAAGGAAUCCUGGCCGCCGUUGACCAAAAAUACCAUAACCAUGGUAUGGAUCCCGUCCCUCGAAGCCCCACCAGAUUCAUCCAAAACGGCCACCGAAAGCAGCGGUGAUGUUGAGUGGUUCAGAUUCGAACAUAGCCAAUAUUACCAAGGAGUUCAAAACAUGUUUUUAGCUGCCCUGGAGCGUAUGGAUUCAGAGUUCUUGAUCACCUUGAUAAAACGCUGUCCCUAUCACGUGGACUCGUUAAUUCAACUGAGCGAAGUGUGCAAGAUGACCGAAGACUUUGCUUUAGCCUCGGAGCUCCUAGAGAGAGCCCUACUGCUCUUGGAGUCCUCGCUGCAUAUCAAUUUUAGCCUGACAUCGGGCAACUGCCGGCUGGACUACCGCCGCCAGGAGAACCGAUCUUUCUUUGUUGUACUUUUUAAACAUGCCCAGUACCUGGAAGAGCGCGCCUGCAGUCGCACCGCCUUCGAGAUCUCCAAAUUGAUCCUGAGCUUGCAACCAGACACAGAUCCAUUAGCUAUGAUUCUGGUAAUUGACUACUACGCGUUGCGCAGCAAGCAGUUUGGAUGGUUUGUGGAGUUCUAUGAGGAGUACAACGCCGCCAGAAACCUCAAUCAGCUGCCCAACAUGGCCUACUCGUAUGCCUUGGCAUUGCACACGUUGCACGGAGCUUGCGAUCGUUCCAAUGAGGCCUUGCAAUACGCUUUGUUGAUGUUCCCUGGUGUACUGCGUCCUCUCCUUGACGAAAUGUCCGUGCAGACGGACAAGCGGGUGCUAGCUUCUACCUACUUCUUCCCGGAUGUCUCUGGCAAUCAAUCGCCAGCUUUGCACCAACUGGUGUGCCUGUAUGUGUGCCGCGCCCGUGUUGUUUGGCGCCAGAAUGAAGUUCUUCCCUGGUUGGAGUCCAAUGUGAACAUAGUGCUGGAUAGGAUUGAGAAGAAAGAUCCCCUGGUCAACGAGUAUAAGGAGAAGCGAUCGCUGCGUUAUGGAGGAACACCUCCCAGGCCAAUCCUACGUCAUGUGAUAUUAUCUGACUACAAGGAAAAGGUGCCCUUGGCCGUCUUUGUGGCCAAGGAAAAACAAGCCAUCAUGACUUACGACCCACUGCCGCCUCUGAACAGCAUCAACAGCUAUGAUCGAAAAUCAUCGAGUAGCAGCCCAACAACGAACACGAACAAUUCCGUAUCCAUGUUUUUCCAGUCGCUCUUGCCCUCGUUUAACAUCAACAACUUGGCGGCUGCCCAGCAGCCCCAGGCUGCCGGAGCUGGAGCUGCAGCACUACCUGAAGCCGGCGCAGGCGCCGCCGUACCAGCAGCAGCAAUUGAGGAGCUCAGAGCGGCUAACGGUGAUGGGGAAGGCAUACAGCAGUCGCUGACCCUUAUGAUGGACGCCAUGCGAGACUUUCUGCAGAACUUUAGGAUUGCGGAGCAUCUGCGCUCGCCGGAAACGGCUGCGGCACAGUCCACAAGCAGCACCGACGAAGAGGAGGGCUCCAGCGACUAUGUGGACUAGUCUGUUGUCAAUUAUUUGGAACCUACGCAUGCUAGGCGAUGUUACGAUUGGAACCUUUCGAAGCCACCACCUUUUUGCUAUUCCCUUAGCUAAGCGACACCGUCACAAAAAUUGAUAUAUAUGAAAUAUUUAUAUAUAUACUAGAGAAAUUUGAACACUUACAGAACUUAUGAACUUAUGCAUUGAAUAAAAUUUUCCAGUACAAGCUUUAGAUCAAAA